AUGCUGUUCAUGGUUGCCAUAUGGUACGACAUGAUACCCGACAAGACCGUUGCUUGGAGUGCAAAAACAGGCAACAAACUUGCAACAGCACCAACGGGUUCACAGGUUCGGAUCACGUCAGACGGGCUAACACUGGCAGGUCCCAAAGGAGAUUCCAUAUGGAACUCCAUUUUGGAAGGUAUUGUCUCCCAAGGAUCUAUGCUUGACACGGGCAACUUUGUUCUACUGGAUGAGAACUCUGAAAAAGUGUGGCAAAGUUUUGAUUACCCCACAGACACGUUGUUGCCUAGCCAAACCCUCCAACUCGGAGGCAAGCUGACUUCUCGAUUGACAGACAACAAUUACACAAGUGGAAGGUUCCAACUGCAUUUCAAGGAUGGUAAUGUGUUACUGAGUCCUCUUGCUUGGCCUUCUACAGAGUUUUACAACUCUUAUUAUGUGUUGAAUGCCUCUGGUGCUGCUUCAAAAUUAGUGUUCAAUGAAUCAGGGGAUAUUGGAGUUUUCACACAGUAUGCUCAUCUAAGGAACAGCACUGCUCAGCCAGGGUGGAGAAUCAAGAGGUAUGUUCCUGACGACAUUUGCAGUGCAAUAACUAAUGACUUUGGUAGCGGUUCCUGUGGCUACAAUAGCUACUGUUCCAUGGACAGUCACAUGCCUACUUGCAAAUGCCCUUAUGGGUAUUCGCUAGUGGAUCCAAGUAAUCAGUUUCGUGGAUGCCAACCCAAUUUCACCCUCGUUUGUGGAGCCGAUGUUCAAACACCACCAGAAGAACUAUAUGAAAUGCAUGAAUCUCAGGGUUUCAAUUUUCCUCUGGGAGAUUAUGAAAAGAUAGAACCUUAUUCUCACGAGAAAUGCCAACAGUCUUGCUUGCAAGAUUGCACGUGUGCUAUGGUCGUUUCCGGAAACAACGUUUAUCCUGGUGCAAACAGUGAACUCCCCCCCGCCCCCACUCCGGAUUCAAAGAAAGAAUACAAAGCUAAGCUGUUUCUUUUGGGACCACUAAUUGGUUCCCUUGUCCUUAACAGUGUUCUCCUUGCUGCGGUUGCUUUGUUUUCUCUCAUGAAGCCGAAAGUGAAAAGGGUUGUCACAGCUGCUACUAGUCUUUUGGAAACAAAUUUGCAUUCGUUUACUUAUGAAACAUUGGAAAAGGCCACAUGGGGUUUUAAAGAGGAAAUAGGCAGAGGUUCUUAUGGCAUUGUUUACAAAGGGCAGCUAGAAGUAGGUUCUUGUUGUGUGGUUGCGGUGAAGAGAUUGGACAGAUUUGUAGAAGAACGAGAGAGAGAAUUUAGGACUGAAUUGAGUUCCAUCGGUAAAACCUUCCACAAAAAUCUGGUAAGGUUGAUUGGAUUUUGUGACGAGGGAAUCAAUAUAAUACUGGUGUACGAGUUCAUGAGCAAUGGUAGUCUUGCAGACAUCCUGUUUGGACAAACCAACCCCAAAUGGAAUGUAAGGGUUGGAUUUGCUCUGGGGAUUGCAAGAGGGUUGGUGUACUUGCACGAAGAGUGUGACACUCCCAUCAUUCAUUGUGAUAUAAAACCUCAAAAUAUACUCAUAGAAGAGUAUUUGAAUCCAAAGAUAUCUGACUUUGGGUUGGCCAAGUUGUUGUUGUCUGACCAAAGUAGAACCACUACCAUGAUCCGAGGAACUCGAGGAUAUGUGGCUCCUGAAUGGUUCAAGAAUGUUGCUGUGACGGUUAAAGUGGAUGUUUACAGUUUUGGGGUAAUGUUGUUGGAAAUUAUUUGCAGCAGAAAAAGCGUGUUGAUGAUGGAGUCCGGGGAAGAAGAGAAGACAUUGCUGACAGAUUGGGCCUGUGAUUGCUAUAUGGAAGGGAGAAUAGAUGUUCUGGUGGAGAAUGAUGAUGAGGCCUUAAAUGACAAUGUCAGGCUCCAAAACUGGGUCAAAAUAACCCACCAUCUCCUUUUCUCACACACUCCAUACCUUAAUUAA